UGAAACGCGGAAGUGAGUGACGCACACAGAUUCAGCCAGAGACUCGGAAAUAAACAAAACAAAUUAACGCCAUUCGCUUGGAAAAAGAGGGGGGCAGCCGGGCAGUGCCUUUGGGCACGACAGCUGUUUUAUUGGUCACGACGAUACAACGAGGUUCCUAAAUGCACUUGGAAAAUGUGUUUUGGCCAAGAAGACUCUGGUUAUACGUGUGAAUUAUUCCGUUUUUCCUCGACGUUUUCUUUAAAGUGCAUGUUGCGGAGUUGAGUAAAGUUCCUGAAGAUUUCUGUGAUUUUUGCACAACUCGAGGCGAAGCUAAUUCAGUGGGGUUCAUUCAUCACUACAGAGGAAUUUUCAAACUGAGAUACAUUUUGGAGCAAUGCUGGAGUGUACAAUGAUGAGUUUGGAAGCAGUUCAGCCUUUUUGAGACAUAAUAGCUGGCUGUGAUGAACAUGCCCCUGCAUCAAAUCUCUGUUAUUCCACGCGAUGUGAACUCAUCAAGAGGCUCAAGUGGAAAACAUAAGGAAAAAGACAAAGAAAAUAAACAGAAGCUGCUUUUUCCAUUACAUGUCUAUAUUUGGAGCAGUGUGAAAAGCUAAGGACAUGUGCACCACUCUUGAUAGCCCAUCUGUUGCAGAUAGAAACACUUGGGGAUGGGAAUUGUUGCACACCAAUGAGAAGCCAUUGGGCCAUUCUGCAAGCCGGUCAAGUAAUAUUUCAAAGGCAGGAAGUCCAACGUCGGCAAACACACCUUGUGGUUUUUCACGGACCUCUGUCACACCGUCAAAUCAGGAUAUCUGCAGUUCCAAUACCAUCAUUAUGGAUGAGAGUGCACAGAGUCUUGUGCAGACUGCUGUAGUCUUGACAACUUCUGUGACUCGAGGGAUUACUGUGACAACUGUAUGUCAAGAGCCAUUGCAAAGGACAAAAAAAAAGAAUUCUUUUGGGCAAGACUGGAUCUACCGUUUCAAACCAUCAGUCAAUGGUGAACCAAAUGGCCCACUCAAAUUCUCCAGAUCACUUAAUGAUGUAGGCCAGAAGAUGGACUAUAGUGGUUUCAACUUCAUUGACAGAACAUGCUCUGAAGGUAAACUAAUGCCAGUGCAGGAAAAUGUGGGCUCAAAUGGGUUUCACUUGAGCAAGAUUAAAACUCAAAAUGGUAUGUCUGCUCAAAUUCCAUUUUCUAAUAUUGCAUCAUUUCCAAGCAGCUAUAAGCUCAUCUCUUCUAUGGUAGACGAUCACUGCUCUGUACAAAUGCUUCCGCAGGAGAGGAACUGUGUAAAUGAGCUUCAGAAGAGGACAAACCUGCUUCGAUUUUUGUUUUCCUUUUCAAAUUCCCCCACUGCAUGUACAGUUGCUGAGCUGGAAAGCUGCACGACCCAGUUACACAUUGACAAGUCUUCCAGCAUGUUAAUAGAAAGCCAUGAAUUUUACUACACUGACGACAUUGGGGAUGAUGAAGUGUUUGAAGAUGAAACUACCACUCACAUAAAUGAAAAAUCAAAGGACCACUGGGCUCCACUUUGUUCCUUGGAGGAAGAUAGUGACCUUGACUACUGUUCAUCUCCAUUCUCUGAGAAAACUGUCCCUCUGUCGCCAUAUUCAACUUCCGGGGAUGUGUGCAGGAUUUGUCACUGUGAAGGCGACGAUGAAAGUCCCCUGAUUACACCAUGUCACUGUACAGGGAGUCUUCGAUUUGUACACCAGGCUUGCCUGCAGCAGUGGAUCAAAAGCUCAGACACCCGCUGUUGUGAGCUUUGCAAAUAUGAGUUCAUUAUGGAAACCAAAUUAAAACCAUUGCAGAAAUGGGAAAAGCUGCAGAUGACUUCAAGCGAAAGAAGAAAGAUAAUGUGCUCAGUAACAUUCCACGUCAUUGCUAUCACUUGUGUGGUGUGGUCCUUAUAUGUUCUCAUUGACAGGACAGCAGAAGAGAUAAAACAAGGUCAGACAAGUGGUAUUUUGGAGUGGCCUUUUUGGACUAAACUGGUUGUAGUGGCCAUUGGUUUCACUGGAGGACUUGUGUUUAUGUAUGUGCAGUGCAAAGUGUAUGUACAGUUAUGGAAGAGACUAAAAGCAUAUAACAGAGUAAUAUAUGUGCAGAACCGCCCUGAGACUAGCAAAAAGAUUGUUUUUGAUAAGCCAGCAUUGGUAGAACCGAACUUUGAAAACAAAGAGGUCUUGGCACUGCACCAGUCGGAUUCAAACUGUUCACCACAUACAGAGACUGAGGACUAUAGUGUGGAAAUUUUACAUGUUUGAAUUUUUUGUUGGAUCUUCCAGGGCCCUUUCUGUGCUUUUUCCCUCUGCAAAAUUCUGUUUAAGUUGUAUAUUCAAAGAAAUUCAAAUUCUAAACUGAUCCUUUUUUGCACUUUGGUGAAUCCAUAUUUAGAAAUGCCAGGAGAUUUGGAUGCAACUACUGCCAUUAAUUCCCCAUUUCUGAAAAGAGAAAAAUCCUGGAUGAUUUUAAACUUUUUUUUCCCUUUUUUAUGUGAUUACUUGGAGAAACUUGAAGACAGUGUUUUAAGUCCAAAUUAUUACCAAUUUUACUCAAUGACUGUCAUUACAUGCCGAUCUUGGAUUUCUAGCAAUGUAAAGGAUUAUAUAGAGCAGCGUACAGUAAUUGCAGGUAUGAAAUAUCAUUCCAAUCAGUUUAAAGAAUUGAAGAACAAUGGCCAUUCUGAAGAAAAUAUUUUUGCUCUAGUGCUCAAGGUAUUGUUUUUGUGUUAACAUAGAAACUGUUGGUGCUGACGAUAGUGUGGAACAGUCUGACAGUCCGAAAUUAACUUGAAUUAGUAAAGAUAAUGAAGAAAAAACAAACAGAUUUAGCAUAUGAAUUGUUUUAUGAUUUUUUUAAACAAGUUUAUUUUAGAUUAUUACUAUUUAGAAUCUGUAUUAUCUUGAACAUUUCAAGUGUAAUUGAUUUUUUUUCGGGCCUCGUUUCUUUAUUUCACAUUGCCUCCUGUAUUUAAUGUGUAUUAGAAAAAAUUAAGACAUCUUGUUUCUCUGACAAUGCUUGUACAAAAUUAGCAACCAUCACUAAGCAGCCCAUUAUUAACAGGUUUAAAAACAAAUUUGUUUUAUUGUACUUUUUUUAUACAAAAAAAAAAAAAAUCUUCUCCCCAGUAGCAGAAACUCAUGAGAAAGGAGGCACUGAUGAAAUGUACCAAAAUAACAUUUAGGUACACAUUAAAUACAACUGUGUAUAUAGUUCUGAAUUGUUAAACUUAUACCAGCAUGUUGCCGGAUCCAUUAGAAAGUGACACUAAUGCAUCAAAGACAAAUGGAGCCUUAACUGUGCAACAUUUCCUGUCCGUGCCAUGGAGGGCCUAAGACUGUCUGGAUCGGCUACAUCCAAAAGUGCAAUUACCCUGAAAUGAAGGUGAUCAUUUUGAUAUUUUGUAAGUCAUUGUGUUCUUUGUGCAUAUAGUAAUACACUUUUUUUUUUUUUUUUUUUUCCUUAUGGUAGUAUUUAUAACUUUGGUGAAAAGUGCACUCGGGAGGAAAGCGGUUAGGUUUAUGACAAAUUCAAAUUGAAUGAUGAAAUGCAUUGUUGUUGAUUAAAAUUGAAAUUUCAAAUACCACUUUUUCUGUAAGCAUUCUGAAUGUGAAUUUGUACAUUUUGUUAUCUAAUUUAAUUAUGAAUUCCUUUUUACUAGAAUGAUUUAUUGGUACAUUCUGAAUUACUUUUGUACCUCUAAUUUUGCUGUAUUGUUUCCUAGAUAUUUGUAAGUUAAAAGAUUGAUUAUUUUAAAAUGUUUAGAAUGAGACCUACUGUACCUGUCAAAUGUUUUAUUCCCUACUGAAGAAGCAUGAAACCACAAAAUGCAAUUCUUAAAAACAUCUUUUUGAAAGGGAGCCUUUUUGUGCAAGUAGAUGGACCCGUUUAAAUUUGUUUAUUCCAAUAAACUGCACUAAACUAAACAGCAUUUCCUCUCAAAAAUGGAAAACGGUGAGAUCACAGUUUCUUCUAAGUUGUUGAUGUUUGGUUGUGAAACACUGGGCGCUUUAACUUUAAAACUGAAAUGCUGCAUAGUUUAAUAACUUUCACCCAACAUUGCACAUUCAUUGCUUUCUUUGUAGUUCUGUAUAAUUGGGGUCCCAAUCUGUUGUACUUUAAAUGUAUAGUUUUGUAUUUUAUGUAGUAUGGUUUAUAUUUUUUUUUUUCCCUUCAGUAUUAUAUACCUUUUAGCAGUUUGAGUCUUAAUUUACAAAUGGCAGAGCUGUUUGAUCACAUGUAUUGUGGUAAUUUUGGGGGGGCUUUGAUUGCAGCAAUAAAACGUUUGUAAAGAAAGAUAUGGAAACAAAAAUGUACCUUCGUGUAAACACUUGGCAUAUAAUGAUCUAACCGUGGGCUACGCUAUACUCUUAUGUUUGCAGCCACAUUCGUUCCUUCAAUCUUACAAACUACAGUUGCAGUUCCACCUGUUUUGCUAUGUAUUCAGAUUCCUAAGGGCUUUGUUUAUAUAUUAAAAGUGAAGGAAAAGUUAAA